AGACUUUUCAAGGGCGCUUUGGUCGGGACUGCGCCAAACAGGGAAAUUCCUUGCGUACUCACGGCCACUUGCCGCUGGUGGGACUCACGACCACCGGCAUACCCACCAAAACCCCCGCGAUCCUUAGCCAGUACCGCGGGAGGACGUCCUCGCUUACCAAGGUGCUGCUCCAGGCUCUUAGUACUAUUUUUUCAGAGACUGCCCCUUUGCGUGUGGUUAGGGCACUGUCUUAGCUUAUGAUGGCUUUGAUCAUCAUAUUUAUGGCUUCGCUGGCGGUAGGGGAGGCCAGGGUGAGGUCAACUCUACGUUUCCAUCUCGAAUUCCUGCUCCUGCGACCAUGAGCAUCGGGUAUUGCCUAGCUUCCCCCUUUCUUACCCUCCCCUUGGUGACUUUCGGGGUCGUGAGCGGGGCAGCCCAGGACGUCGAUUAUGCUAGGUUUCUUGGCAAGCGUAUUUCCUUGCGUUCGCCGAUACAUCGGUCUUCCGGAUCGUUAAGGUCAUGUUCAUCUCACAUUCGAAGGGUAUUUCCAGCUUGUUGCAGUCGGGGGUUCUUCUAGGCAUUGUAUCUUCCUCGGCAUUUGUGGGCCCCCAGUACUGUUUUCCGGGGGGGGUUCCUCAUAUUUGGAGGGUAGUCCUUAAUGCAGCCCAGAUUCUUCUGUUGUUGGGAUAUCCAUCGGGCCCUCUCCAGCGAGGUGGUUGGCUUUCUUGGCUUUCGCCCUCCUUAUCAGCUUGUAGGCUAAGGACUGGGUUAAUUUUCUCCAUCCAUGCUUUUAGAAGGGAGGGGUUUUCUAUGUUUGGGUUGUGGAUCUGGGUAUUGUCGCAGCUUCGGAUCUAUGAAACUCCCUCGCUGUCUCAUAGCGCCCACAGUUCCUUUAAUAAUGGAGAGCUAGUUUGUUUCAAUGUCAUCGCUGUCUCCAACGUAGGGCCUCGUCGCCGAACGACCCACGGA